AGAAGUGUUUGAGAUUGCAAUUGGCAUCCAAUUCCUUCAUUCCCUCAACUUUGUCAGCCCCAUUUUGCCUUUUUCCUUUGUUGGUGUUGUUCUUCAUCUUCUUCCUCCCUCCUCCUUUGCUUCCUUUUUUGUUAACCCACAAACCCAAAUAUCUCAUUCCAAACUUCUAUUCCUUCACCCAUUACCUAACUUUACUCAUUCUUCCUCUUUCUCACUACCCCAUUUCUUCAAUUUCCUCCCCUCAUUCUCAUUCUCUUCACCAAUGUCUUCAAUCCCACAAAUCUUUCUCCUCUUCUCUCUUCUUUUCUCUCUUUUCCCUUCCUUUUUCUCACUUCCCCAUCCAGACCCACUUACAAUCCGCCCAUUUCAAGUGAACCAGUCCCCACCGGCUACUAUUCCGGCGUUCCCAGAACAAUCCGAUGUUCAGGGCUGCCCAUUAGACCUCCCCGACGAGCUUUUCCAUGGGAUUAAGACGGCUUGUGGUCCUUCAAAAGGGGGUGUCUCCGGGCAGCUCCAUCGUAGCCGGUGCUGUCCGGUUUUGGCUGCUUGGCUUUACGCUGCUUACUCAGCCACCGCAUUGCAGAGGGCCGGUCGAGGUGGGGUUGUUCCCGGUCACACAGCGCCGUCGUAUGACCUACCCUUACUGCCCGAUGACUCCGAAACUUGCGUCAGUAACUUGGAUCAAGCUUUGAAUCAAAGGGGUAUUGAGUUAAUGAAGCCUAACGAGACUUGUGAUGUGGUUUAUUGUUAUUGUGGGAUCAGAUUGCAUCCUUUGAGCUGCCCUGAAGCGUUUUCACUGAACCAGAAUGGUAUUCUUGAAGGAAAUAGAAAUGUGAAGAGAUUGGAGAGAAAUUGCUUGAGUAGUGGCAAUGUCAAUGGAUUUCCAGGCCUUGGUGGCUGUUCUAAAUGCUUGAAAAGUCUUUAUCAGCUCAACAAGAAGGAAACUUUGAAUUCAAGCAAACCAGAGAACAGGACCACCAAGAUGCACCACAAGGAGUGUCAACUAAUGGGUCUAACAUGGCUUCUUGCCAAGAAUCGAACAGCGUAUAUCCGCACCGUAACGUCAGUGCUUCGAGCUAAAAUGAUGAGCGAAGAUGGGUCAGAUCCUCGGUCAUGUACUCUCAACAGCGACGGGAUGCCUUUGGCUGUUGAUUCGGCUGAGAUGUCUGGCAGUUCUGUUACAAUCCCUACUCAGACACUAUUGUAUCUUGGUCUGUUUUGGGCUGCUUUGAUGUACAAUCUGAUCAUGUUGGUUUCUACACUAUGAGGUUAGAACAACUUAGAAGUGAUUCUGCUUAGAAAUUUGUAACUGUGACAAUUUUUUUUCUUCUUUUCCUCCCCUUUUUUGUGUAGGUUUCUUGUGCAUUGUGAUUGUUGUUUGGUAUUCAUGAGGCUUCAGAAAUGAUAUCUUUUUCUCUGUGUUGAUGUGAAAAAUGCAAAAUUCUUUCCUGAUGA